UGAUCUUAUCAGCUACCAUGUAAUGUAAUUGAAUUAACAAAUACGAGGCAAAGUCAACAAUCAGACAUCCCUCCAUUAUACAAAAUCUGAUGUCCUUUGACACAUUAAAAGUCAAAAGCUAAAUUCUCAGAAUCUGCAAUACUAACUUAUACAUUAUGCAGCACAAGUUAUACAUUACUAAAUGAGGAUGCCUGAGCAAGAUUUCAAGAAAGCCAUAAAGCUUCUUAGCCUACAACAUCAUCUAAAACUGUCUUUGACUUUUGAACUCGAUGACAAAGUUGAACUAAGAAGCCAUUUUUGUUGCUGCCAUGGCUUCUGUUCAUCAUUUGGUCAUCUUCUACUUUCUAAGUUUGCUUCUCUUCCUCAUCAAUCCAGCACUUUCACUUCCUCUCUGCACCGAUUCAAGAGCACCAUUGACACCAAAGACUCCUCUGGCUUUCUGCUCUUAUAAUGAGUCAUCAUGCUGCAAUUCAACCCAAGAUUUGAACAUAAAGAAGCAGUUUGAAUCAUUGAAUGUAUCUCAGCCGCCAUGUGCUUCUCUUCUCAAAUCCAUCCUUUGCUCGCAAUGCGAUCCGUUUUCAGCAGAACUGUACACGAUCACCACCUCUCCUCGACAAAUUCCCGUGCUUUGCAACUCAACGGUUUCAUCAGAUUCAUCACAAAGCAACCAAGCCAUGAACGAUUUCUGUGGAACCGUAUACGAUUCAUGUCAAAAUGUUUCCAUAAAAAACUCGCCAUUUUCACCAUUGUUACAAAACCAAGCUCCACCACCAGUCAACACGACUAGCAAACUGAGCCAAAUUUGGCCAUCAAGAACCGAUUUCUGCACCAACACCGGUGGAUCCUCCACCGCUGGCUCCGUAUGCUUCUCCGGUGAAAAAGUUAGCUUUAAUGCUACCAAAAACACCACCGAAAAUAUCCCGAAAGAGAUGUGUCUAGAGAGGAUUGGUAACGAUACCUACAUCGAUAUGGUGGCUCACACCGAUGGUUCGAACCGCGUCUUUUUUGCAAACCAGAAAGGUCAAAUCUGGUUAACUACGGUUCCGGAAAUGAGUUCGGGAGGUACAUUAAACAUUGAUGAGUCGAAACCGUUUCUAGAUAUAACCGAUGAGGUUCAUUUUGACACGUCAACCGGGUUGAUGGCGAUAGCAAUUCAUCCGAAUUUCACAAAAAACGGGCGGUUUUUUGCUUCGUUUAACUGUGACAAAUCUGAUCGGCCUGGAUGUGGAGGAAGGUGUGCUUGUAACUCUGAUAUAAACUGUGAUCCUUCAAAACUAGAAGAAGAUAACGGAGCUCAGCCAUGCCAGUAUCAGACUGUCAUAGCAGAAUACAACACGAAUCCAAGUGUUUCGGCUGGAGAAGCAAGGAGAAUCUUCACGAUGGGUCUUCCGUAUACAGGCCACCAUGGUGGGCAAAUCCUUUUCGGACCAGACGGGUAUCUUUAUUUCAUGAUGGGAGACGGUGGAGGUGAAGGUGAUCCUCAGAAUUUUGCCCAAAACAAGAAAUCGUUGUUGGGAAAGAUUAUGAGGUUCGACAUCGAUAACAUACCAAGUCAAGAAGAAAUCACUCGACUCGCUCUAUGGGGAAACUACUCUAUCCCGAAGGACAAUCCAUAUAUGGAAGACACCGAGUUGCUGCCAGAGAUAUGGGCACUAGGAUUACGUAAUCCUUGGCGUUGUAGUUUCGACUCCGAAAGGUCAUCUUACUUUAUGUGCGGGGAUAUCGGCCAGAAUUAUUUUGAAGAGGUGGAUUUGAUCACAAAACAUGGGAACUACGGUUGGCGUGUUUACGAGGGACCAGGAGUUUUCGCCCCUCUACAGUCUCCCGGAGGGAAUACGUCGGCCAACUCCAUCAAUCCGAUAUUUCCGGUAAUGGGUUAUAGCCAUUCUGAUAUAAAUAAGAACGAAGGUUCAGCUUCUAUAACCGGUGGGUAUUUCUAUAGGUCUAUGACUGAUCCAUGUAUGUAUGGAAGUUAUUUAUAUGGAGAUCUAUUCGCAACUGCAAUGUGGGCAGGCAUUGAAACCCCUAACAAUAGUGGGAAUUUCACAUCUACUAAGAUUCCGUUUACAUGUGCCUCGGAUUCUCCUUUACCAUGUAGCACUGUUCCCGGAAGUUCAGUUCCGGCACUAGGUUACAUCUUUUCAUUCGGGCAGGACAACAAGAAGGAUGUAUACCUCCUAACGAGUAGUGGCGUCUAUAGGAUUGUUGCUCCAAGCCGUUGUAACUAUGAGUGUGCAAUCGAGAAGACGACAAUCGGUGGUCCGAAUCAAAGCCCAUCUUCUUCUCCUUCCACAGCAAACAUAUUGAAGGGUUCAAACAAUAAUCUAGGGUCCCACCAUCAAACGCUAUCCCUAACUUCAUCUUCAACUACCACCAUUUCCGUCGAUCACCACCCGCUACUGCCAGCCACACCUCCAGAUUCCGGCCAUACCUGUAGAUUCCAAUCUCAUGUUCUCUAUUCAAUCUGA